GCUCGUGUCUUACCUUAAACCAUCGUCACUCCAUCUCACCAUCGUCUUUUUGUCUAUCUGAACCGCCAUAACGUACUCGCUCGGUUAGUUUACGUCGCCAUGUGUCCUCCUUGCGAGCCCCCAGAUCACUUUCCGCGAAACUACUGCCUCGCUUGCCCGGAAAGUGGCCAAUUCCAGUUCCCUGUCCCACCACAUGUCAAUCUUCUGAAUUUCUUCGCGACUGAAUCCGCUCCUUGGCUCGAGCCUGCUUCCUGGCUUUGGGCUUCAUUUGCAAGGCCCGUUGCCGAAGCACAACAUCACCAGACCUACCAUCUGCGCUACACCGGCAAUCCCAGGGGGAUAGAACGACUCCCGAAUGAACUUCUCGAUCAAAUCAUCGACUUAAUAGCCGAAGAUAAGAAGGAUGUCCUCGCGCUAGGUCUCUCGUCCGCCGUCAUCUGGCCUGCUGUGCUCCAUCGCAUCCACCGUGAAUACGCAAAGUCCACAGCCAUGUGGGCCGGGAAGGAAGUCGCUUUCCGCGGGGAGAGUUACUUUCGGUCAUGGGUGGACGAGCACUCUCCAGCAUACCAUUACUGGCCCGAGGGGGCCCCCUGGUCUGUCAAAAUAGCGCACGCUACCGCAACGCCGGUCCAAGAAUGGAAUCACGCUUUAAAUACCGCGAAGCUCUGGGGCAGAUGCCAACGCAUCUGGAGCGCCGUUGAGCAGGACCUCUCGCACGAGUACAUGUAUCCACAGGAUCGAGUCUGGGUCCUUCGCAAUCUCACAACUCAGGAAUACAUCCGUUCGGACAAACUUCGCCCAACUGAAAAAGAAGAUCCAAAACUUAAGACCCAGAUUCCGAGUCGGUCUGGCCUGGCAAAGCUGACGGGACUCUUCAAGCGUGGGGCCGCUUCAGCGUUGAAGAAGCAAAAAGGGCACCAAUUACCGGACGUGGUUUACGACACCAGCCCUCUAACCUUUGCCCAAAUAUUUGUCGUCCUGACAUGUCAGUCAAACGACCUUCCAUGGUCUGAAGUACCCUUACAUUUCCAAGAAGGCCGAUGGGCUGGCCAUCGCUUCGACAUCGUCACCCUGGACGCCCACCUCAAGGAGACCAACGCAUAUGAAUGGGCUGACGUGAGCGAGUUGGCCGUGGACGAUGUCUCCAACCUGCGUUACUGGGUUCGGCGACUGGAGGGCGGUUUCAAGGGUCAUUAUCAUCCCCGACAUCUAUGGCUCAGGAUCACUGAAGAACGACAAAGGUAUCACAGCUGGGAAGGAACCGAUGUGCGAAAGUCAGAGCAGUCUGAUGACGAUCGGUUACACACGAAACCAGUGCAGAGAGGAGUGCUAGUUCGCAUUCAUCAGAAGGGCAGAUCAUCCCAUGCGUUGAUAAGUAAGAGGAGGAAAGGCCAGGCUUGACAUGUAGGCCCGAUUGGUCUGAGGCAAUAUUGUUGCGCGGGGCCUGUCAACGCAUGUCUCUCUGCGGCGGGACACCAGUUGAGGGAUAGUGCGCGGACGCUACCGGGCGCGGGGCUCGGGAGC